GUCUUGGAGAACUCUUGGGUGCAGACAAGUGGAUGAUUAAUGAAGUAGCAUCUGAAAAAUCCAGGGAACCAAAUGUAGGUGGAGCAACUUCCCUGUGACACACGUCGAAGCUGCUGCAGUGGCUGUUCUUCCCCUCCCCUUGGAAAGGCACCAAAAGCCCUUCCUUUUGGAAGGGCUGGUGGACUGUGCCCUUCUUUCCCUUCAGAGGACCAGUGUCCCUGUGACUCUGCUCACUCAUCUGGCCACCGUUGCCCCGAGUUGCCAGGAGCCUGGAGAAGAUGAAGGCAUCCGUGGUUCUCUCCCUCCUUGGCUACCUGGUGGUUCCAAGUGGUGCUUACAUCUUGGGGCGUUGCACAGUGGCUAAGAAACUCCACGAUGGAGGCCUGGAUUAUUUUGAGGGCUAUAGCCUUGAGAACUGGGUGUGCCUAGCCUACUUCGAGAGCAAGUUCAACCCCAUGGCCAUCUACGAGAACACACAAGAUGGCUACAUUGGCUUUGGCCUCUUUCAGAUUCGUGGCAGUGACUGGUGUGGUGACCAUGGCAGGAACCGCUGCCACAUGUCAUGUUCCGCUUUACUGAAUCCUAAUUUAGAGAAGACAAUUAAAUGUGCCAAGACCAUUGUAAAAGGAAAACAAGGGAUGGGAGCAUGGCCCACCUGGUCCCGGAACUGCCAGUACUCCGACACCCUGGCGCGGUGGCUAGAUGGUUGCAAGCUGUAGCCACCUGCAUGGCCCCUGCAGCACUCACCAGUUGCAUCUUGUGAAUGAAGAUACUUUUCUGCUUGCUGCUUCAGUCAGUCGUGUUGAUGAUCUCACCACUUUAAAAGCUCCAGGUGGAAAAGGACAAAAGUUUGCUUCAUCCGGGAAUGCAGGAUGCAGAAUAAACCAAACUAGUUACUCAACUUGG